AUGGACAGCACCUCGAGUUCAGAGGAGAGUUCCCUCAGCGGGGACUGGCCACCCGUGCCUGUCUUUCAGGCGCCUGCCUUUCAGGCGCUCAGCAUCAGGCCUCGCUCGUUCCACCUUGAUUCACUCGAGCGCAGCCUGGAGGCCCCCCCCAGUCUCUUCACGUACGUUCUUGAGGGUUCUCUUUGCGGAGUGCUUCUCAGUUCCAGGGAAGGGGCCCGCGUGCUCCUCUGGCUCCAGCCUUCCAGUUGGCUUGCACUUGCUUGCUCCGGCCGCGGGCCGCACGCGUGCGCCCGACAGCUUCUCCAGCUGUCUGCAUAG